AUGGGCCUGGUCUCCUGGGUCACCGGAUCAGAGGAGGUGCUCGUCGAUGGCGUCGACCAGGGUCGGGGUGUCUUUGUCUUGCACUGGGACGAAGUGUUGCUUCACAAAGGCACAUCAACGAAGCAGUGGGUGGCCCCAGAGUCGACCAGCGUAGACGAAUCGCCAGCACCCGUCCGGCAAGCCGAGUGUGAUCAGUACAAGGAAUGGGCCCUGGCUGGUAACGUCUCCUGGGUCACCGGAUCAGAGGAGGUGCUCGUCGAUGGCUUCGACCAGGGUCGGGGUGUCUUUGUCUUGCACUGGGACAAAGUGUUGCUUCACAAAGGCACAUCAACGAAGCAAUGGGUGGCCCCAGAGUCGACCAGCGUAGACGAAUCGCCAGCACCCGUCCGGCAAGCCGAGUGUGAUCAUAAUCUCAACCCGAGCACUGUGCUCGCUUUUAAUGGCGUCGGAGAAGGAGGUCGGACCCAUUGCAGAGGCGACAAUGCCCCUCAGCGGCGACGGCGCUUCAGAGAGCCCCGGGGGGGGGGCGGUCCUGUGGGGAUAACGACGGUGCGGCGUCUCAGCGACUUGCGAGUCAUCGAUCUGAGAGCCGAGCUGAAGCGCCGCGGCCUGGACACCGGCGGGAAUAAGAGCGUCCUCCUCGAGCAGCUGCAGAAGGCAAUUGAGGAGGAAGGGGGAGAUCCCGAUGAGAUUCCAGUGGUGUCUGAAACAACCAUCAAGAAGACUCCCAAAAGAAAUGGCAAAGGACGUAGGCCAGAAGAAGAGGGCAUUGAAGAUAAUGGCCUCGAAGAAGAUUUUGGAGAUGGACAGGAGGAUAUUGAAACAAGUUUGGAUAACUUGCAGGAUGUUGACAUGAUGGAUAUUAGUGUGUUAGAUGAAGCCGAAAUAGAUAACUGCAGUGCAGUAGAGUGUCGAACAGCUGGCAGUGCCGAUAGUGGGCUUGACUCCUUCUCUGGCAGUAAAGGAAAUGCUGGAGCAGGAAGGAGAGAACAUCCACAGCAGCUUGCAGGAUGCCCUGCAGGUGACAUGGAGGCACCUCCACAAUUGCCAGGCAUUAAAGAAGACCCGAGAGAAAUACCAGUAGCAGUGGUUGAAGGUGAAGAUGCUAGAAGUGCCAUGGAGCUGGGACCCUCUGAUUUCAUCAGUGAAAAGGAAUUGGAAAAAUUUCCUCUGGAAUCAGGUACUGUUGCUUAAAGACAUGCUGGGCCCCCUCAUUUUACCUCCCCCCAUGUGUUUUUCAUGGAUAAAAUCCUUUUAGUUGCGUAAAAUAUUUGGUUUUAUUCCAUUAAUUACUAUGGUAUAUUCUAAAUGGUGCACGGUCCAGCAGUCUUGCACACGCAGCCCCCAAAAGCCACAGAGAUUGGAAAUCUGGUCAUAUCAGCAGAUCUGCUACAGCAUACUCCGUCUUGCAUGAGGCAAAUCUUUGGUGAGAAAUGAGCAAUUUGCUUGCUUCCUCAAAUUGGCUGAUGAGCUGCCCUUCAGAAGAGCAGUUCUGCAUGUAGAGCAGGUCUUGUGAUACGAUCUAGUACCUUGAGUCUGUAAACUAAGACUAGAGAAGGACAGUUCAGUCUAAAGCAGAGAGUAGGGAACAAAAACAGGAAUCGAAGACAGAAGAGAGGUUCAUCACGAAAAUUGUGCUUUCUGGACUGCAAACGUAUUCUUGUUCCAUCUGAAGCUGGUCUGGUUUUGAUGUUUGGACUGAUUCAUCUUAAAGGAGUUCAGUAAAAUCUGGAAUCUGCACUGUUAAAAGGACUAUAUAAACAUCCUGGACUUUGAAGCUAGAGUGCAGAAGAAAGAAAAAGCUGAGAAUGCUACCUGAAGACAGUG